AUGCAUUGUGGGUACUUUUCUGUACUUCCGGGUGAAAGUAAAAGUUUUGUAACGUGCAGCUUUUUCCCGAAUAACACGCAUUGUGUGGAUCAACGCUGCUAUCCUAUAGAGCAACCUUGUCUAUAAUUGGUUCCGGUUGAGUGCAAUACACGCUUUGGUUAUGUCAAAUGCUGCCCACGUAUCUAGAGUCAGGUCACUAUACAAAGCCAUACUGAGGCUUCAUCGUGGUAUGCCCGUAGAACUACAGGCUCUAGGUGACCAGUAUGUAAAGGAAGAAUUUAGAAGACAUAAGUCUGCAGAGCCUAAGGAUGUUGGGCCAUUCAUGCUUGAAUGGACAGCCUACUAUGCUACAUUAGCGAAACAACUGGCAGCAAAGACACAGAAACAAAGUUAUGGUAAAAAUUUGGACAAUCGACAACUAGAUGCAUUUAAUGAUGAGCAAAUAGGACAAAUUUUUGAACUGUAUCAAGAAUCUAAAAAACCUAUUGACCCUGAAAAUCCACUUGGAGAGGCCCCAACAAAGUAG